AUGUGUGGAGCGUUACUGACGAUUGUUAUCCUUGAAGGUAUGGCAGAAGCUGUCAGCUCGAGCAGGGACUGCCUUCAAGCAGGCGAGUCCUGCACCAAUGACCCCAUCUGCAGUGCCAAAUUCAGGACCCUCCGGCAAUGCAUCGCGGGCAACGGAGCCAACAAGCUUGGUCCCGACGCCAAGAACCAGUGCCGGAGCACCGUGACGGCUCUGCUCUCCAGCCAGCUGUACGGCUGCAAGUGCAAGCGAGGCAUGAAAAAGGAGAAGCACUGCUUGAGCGUCUACUGGAGCAUCCACCACACGUUGAUGGAAGGCAUGAAUGUACUGGAGAGUUCCCCUUACGAGCCGUUCAUCAGAGGCUUUGAUUACGUCCGCCUGGCAUCCAUCACCGCAGGGUCUGAGAACGAGGUGACGCAGGUGAACCGGUGUCUGGACGCCGCCAAAGCCUGCAACGUGGACGAGAUGUGCCAGCGGCUGCGGACGGAGUAUGUGUCCUUCUGCAUCCGGCGCUUGGCCCGGGCUGACCCCUGCAACCGCUCCAAGUGCCACAAGGCUCUGCGCAAGUUCUUCGAUCGCGUGCCGCCCGAGUACACCCACGAGCUGCUCUUCUGCCCCUGCGACGACACGGCCUGUGCCGAACGCCGGCGGCAGACCAUCGUUCCUGCCUGCUCCUACGAGUCCAAGGAGAAGCCCAACUGCCUGGCGCCUCUGGACUCCUGCCGGGAA